AUACUGCGCGUUCAGGCAGAAUGUAGUUGACUCUUUCCUUUGAAGAAUCAACGCGCUGUUCGCAUAAACAAAGUGUCAUAGCCAGUCAAGUAGAUAUUAUUGUUCAAGUAAAAAUUCCUUCGAGAUCAGUAUGGAUUUCGACCGCGUUCUUGAGAAGUGUGGAAACUUUGGGCGGUUCCAGUUUGUCCUACUUAUCCUCUACGGCUACACGAAUAUUCUCAGCUCUUUGCACUAUUUUUCACAGACCCUCAUCACUUUUACACCAGAGCAUUGGUGUUCCCAUGAUGACUUAAUGGGCUUGAGUGCUGAGGAGCUGCGAUCCAUUUACUCCAAUGUUUCGCACUCCUCCUGCACUCUUCUGUCGGAGGUGAUCAAUGGCACAGGGGUGGCCUCUCAAGGGGAGACCUGCAACGAUUGGAUCUUCGAGCGGGAGAACGGCUACGAAAGUCUAACCACGGAGCUCAAGUGGGUCUGCGAUAAGUCCCACCAGCCAGCGGUGGGUCAGUCCUUCUUUUCUGGGUCCGUGGUGGGCACCAUUUCCUUCGGAUUUCUUUCGGAUCGUAUCGGCAGACUGCCCGCCAUGCUGAUGGCAAGCUUAUCUGGUGCAACUGGAGACUUUAUUACCUCCUUUGUGCACACGCUACCCUGGUUCGCCUUCUCCAGAUUCGUGUCGGGAUUAUCCACGGAUACCAUGUACUACCUUAUGUACAUCUUGGUCUUCGAGUACUUGAGUCCCAAGCGUCGCACCUUUGGUCUGAACAUCAUCCUUGCAGUAUUCUACUGCUUUGGACUGAUGACCUCGCCGUGGAUCGCCAUGUGGAUUGGCAACUGGCGUCGCUACCUCUGGCUGGCAUCUCUGCCAGCUCUGGGUGUCCUUAUAUACCCACUCCUGAUCUGCGAAAGUGCCCAGUGGCUGCUGACCAAGAAGAAGUACGAUGAGGCGGUGGCCUGCCUGAAGAAGGUGGCCAAGUUCAAUGGUCGCCAGGUGGAGGACUCCGUGUUCGACGAGUUCGUGAAGCACUACCGCGAGAAGAUGAACGAGGAGAGCAAGGUGAACAAGCAGAUGGACACUUUCCUGGGGAUGUUUAAGACCCCCAGACUACGCCGCUUCACCACCACUCUCCUGGUUAAAUCGGUGAUAAUUACGCUCUCCUACGAUGUGAUCAACAGAAACAUGGAGGGUCUGGGCUCUUCACCUUUUAAGCUGUUCUCACUGACCUCCAGUGUCUACCUGCCCGCGGGAUUCACCAUCUUGCUGCUGCAGAACAAAAUCGGUCGCAAGGGCAUGGCCUGUGGUGCGCUUAUAGUAGGUGCGAUUAUCACCGCCGCCACAGGAUUCCUGAUUGCCGUACUGGAUCCUAAGGAGAACGCCAUCGUGCUGGCUUUGAUGGUGGCUCUGGGUCGAUUUGGCUCCACUGUUUCCUACGAUGCGGAGAUCCAAUAUGCGGCAGAGAUCAUUCCCACCAGUGUGAGGGGACAGGCGGUCUCCAACAUCCAUGUGGUGGGACUGGCCUCCAGCUCACUGGCGUUCUACGUGAUCUACCUCGCACAGUACUACAAGCCCCUUCCCUCGAUCUUCAUCAGUGUUCUGAUGUUUCUGGGCGCUUUACUCUGCCUGACCCUUCCUGAAACUCUGCACAAGAAACUCCCCGAAACCCUGGCCGAUGGCGAGAAGUUCGCAAUGAACGAGAGCUGCCUGUACUUCCCAUGCUUACACAAACGCCGCGAAAGUCUGACCAAGCAUGCGGACCCCAAGUCUGAACCCUAGAGAACGAUGAACCUGAAAGCUGACUACUGGUGAACCUGCUAGCCACUUAACCUGAUGAUGGGCCAACGGAACGUUGACUCCUGUAACCGAAUGGUCUGAUAGUUAUUACUCAUGUGAAGGAUGCAUAGUAAUUGAACGAAAACCGUUGUUUAGAAUACAUUUAUCUAACCUAUAUAUCCAAAACAGAACUGGUCUAAAUAUACGAUGUACUCCUCUUCUUUCACAAUAAAUUUAUCAAUAUCUAUAAAA